AUGAAGACUCUCAAUUUCAUCACCGGCAACCGGAAUAAACUGGCCGAGGUAAGAGCCAUUCUGGGCAGUGUGGUUACAGUCGAAAACGAAGCGGUCGAUGUGCCCGAAGUCCAAGGCACCAUCGAAGAAAUUGCCAAGGAGAAAUGCAGACAUGCAGCGCAGGUAGUGGGCGGUCCAGUAUUGACCGAGGAUACGGCUCUCGAGUUUCAUGCCUUGAAGGGUCUGCCUGGACCAUAUAUCAAACACUUCCUUGAAGCAUUGGGCCAUGAGGGGUUGAAUAAGAUGCUCGACUCCUUUGAGACAAGGGGCGCAGAUGCUGUAUGCACUUUUGCGUUCUCGCAGGGUCCUGGCUCUGAGCCGAUUAUCUUCCAGGGAAGGACAGAAGGCACUAUUGUGAGGCCUAGAGGUCCGACGAAUUUUGGCUGGGAUCCAAUUUUUGAAUACAAAGGGAAAACGUAUGCCGAGAUGACUAAAGAGGACAAGAACAAAAUCUCCCACAGAUCGAGAGCCCUGACCAAACUACAGCAGUGGUUAGCUGAGCAGCAAGCGUAG